CCUCCUCCUCCUCCUCCUCACUCCGUAACGAAACUCUCAUCACCUCCUCGCCCAUCCCUCAACGUCCCGGAGCGAUCCACCGUGCUGUACGAACUAAUCACAUAAAACAGCAGCAGCAGCAGCACGACACGGGGCGCCGUCAUCAUCACCACCCUCCGCAUUCUCCACAGGCGGCGGCCGACAGCGGCGGCGGCGGCACCUACUUACGUACCUACACGAGCAAACACGACGACACCACGCGGAGACACACACACAGAGACACGCACACGAGUCAGCACGACUUAUCGUUACCUAUCUGGCAGGUUGUGUGCGUGUGUGGGAUUCUGAGACCAGACCAGACCUGACGCACGCACGCAAGCAAGCAAGCGCGGCUUCGACGGCAAACCACGCGGGCAGCAUUCCUUUCUUUAUCCAACAAGGCCAACGGGGAAUAGUAAACCAGGCAAGCUCACAUCCCGUCAAGGCCGAGUACGAAAGUGACCCACGAUACGGUGUUGGAGACUUGAGAGUACUGGAGCACGGAGGAAGAUUGUUGGAAAGAAGUGAGUGUGUGUGACUUGCACCACCAUGGCGGAGACCACGGCGACGGCGACGGCGACGGCGACACAACUCAAGGUUGCGAUCAUUCAGCUCUACGCGGAGCCCGUCCAACCCGCCAGGAACUUUGACCGCGCGGCCGCCUUCAUCCGCCAGGCCGUCGCCCAGCACGGCGCCCAGCUCGCCGUCCUCCCCGAGUACCACCUCUCGGGCUGGGCGCCCGAGCAACCCGGCUUCGCCGCCACGGCCGCCCUCGCCCCCGAGUACCUGGCGCGGUACCGGGCCCUCGCGCGGGAGCUGCGCGUCGCCAUCGUGCCGGGCACCAUCCUCGAGGAGCCACAGGACGAUGCGGACGAUGCGGACGACGAUGUGCUAGGGGAGGAGGCGAGGGGGGGAAAGGCGCAGGGCACCACCACCGGGAACCAUAAGGCCGCAAGCGGUAGUAGCAGGAGCAGCACCGGCAUGCUCAACACGGCAUACUUCAUCGGCCCCGACGGCGCCCUCGUCGCGCGCUACCGCAAGAAGAACCUCUGGCACCCCGAGCGCCCGCACCUCGUCCCCGACGCCGCCGCCCCGCACGCCGCCUUCGACACCCCCUGGGGCUUCCGCGCCGGCAUGCUCGUCUGCUGGGACAUGGCCUUCCCCGAGGCCUUUCGCGAGCUCGUCGCCGACGGCGCGCGCGUCAUCGUCGUCCCGUCGUUUUGGCUCGGCGCCGAGGGUCCGUCCCCGGAUAGGGAUAGGGUCGUGAUGGCGGACGGAGAGGGGGCCGGCGCUGCUGCUGCUGAUGCCAUGUCGACUGCGACUGCGACUGCGACUGCGAGUACGACUGCGACGGAGCGCCUGUUCGUGGAGAGCACCUGCGUGACGCGCGCGUUCGAAAACACCGCCGCCAUCGUGUACGUCAACGCGGGUGCGCCGGCGGGCCUGCCGGAGGGGGCCGUCGAUGGCCAGGGCUACGAGUACCUGGGGCUCAGCCAGGUGGCGAUGCCGCUCCGAGGCGCGCUGGGCAAGAUGGGGCCGUCCGAGGGCGUCCAAAUCGUCGACAUAGACUUCAGCGUGCUGGACAAGGCCGAGGAGGCGUACAGGGUGCGCCAGGAUAUUGCACGCGAGGGCUGGCACUACGUGAGGAAUAUGUCCGUGAGCGCCAAGAAGCAGGACGCCUGAAUCCAUCAUGCAUGAACAAUUUUGGACCUUCCAUAGGUGCAAAUCUAUCAUCAGUUAACGGU